AUGGGAAGUUUAGAUCGAGCUGUUUUAACUGGUUUUAUUUGUCGAUUGUGUUCGGAAAUGCAUCGUGUCGUGCUUCAUAUUUACAGUGAAGAAGGAAUACGCCUAAGUAUAUCAGAAAAAAUAAGCAGAUACUUGUCAAUAAAUGUUUCACGAUCUGAUCCACUGCCAAAAACGAUUUGUAAAAUCUGCUUAGACAGAUUGGAGAGCCAACAUAAGUUAGUAAUGGUCAUGGAGCAAGCUGCAAAUAUAUUAAAACGCCAGCGGGCAUUACAAGCCUCAAUACAAAGAAAUGAUGCCUCCGAUAAUGCUAAUGCAGAUGCAGAUGCAGAUGCAGAUGAUACUUCUGAAUCACCAACACCAUAA